AUGCACACUCAAGCUAGACCCUCUCCUACUCACCCAUUCGAGGUGUCGUUUCUCACUACGCUACCCUCGGAGAUUCGUAAUCGGGUGUACGGAUGCCUGUUCAAACGCGAAGAUUCAGUUCUACUUCAUAAUGCAGAUGCUUUUCAUCUGCCAUGUCGGGACCUGGAGAAUUACUACCUUGGCCUACAGCAAUACUAUGACACAUAUGAGGCUGAAAUUGGAACUGACGAAGAGUUUCGGCCUGACUUGCACCAGGGACUCGGCCUCUUGUUAUCCUGCCGCCAAGUAUAUCAGGAAGCCUCUGGGAUCAUGUAUGGCGGAAACACGUUUGUCUUCUCCAGGAUUUUAACACGUCACACCAACAUCGGCACGAAUCACAAGCACCAGGAAUAUCUCCAAAUCAACUACGCUGGUCAAUGGCUGACAAAUAUUGGACCGCAAAUCUUCCGUCUCACGAAAGUUGUCAUUGAUGUCGACGCCAUGUGUGCGUGGUACGGAUGCCACGGUGAUCACGAGCUGGUUGAUUUGCUACCUAUAUUACGUAUCGUAUGGGAACAUCCCGAUCUCAGCAAGGUCAUCAAAUUCGAGAACACUGGCAGAACGCUGGACGGUCAGGAGAUUCUCAGGGCGGCGGCCACUGACGGAGCGAUUCUACUCAACAACUUGCUUGCAACUCUUGCCGUACAAGACGUUCUCGACCUCCGAAAGUAUUGUUUUUCCCGUCGCCUCAUGCAUUCGGUCGACGUUGAGUUGAGUUCGGAUCGAGUGGGACAGGGUUGUAUACGUAUGAACCUUGGAGGAGGGGUACUCUGGCCGUUCCGUGCAUCAGAUGAAGGCAGAACAGUCCAAUGGAAGGCGCAGAAGAAGCGCCACUCGUUCGAAAUUCUACCAGAAGACGUGCGAGAGCGCAUCGCAGGAUUGCUGAUGCAUAACCCAGAUGGAAUUACCAUUAACUUGACUACGCACACUAUGCAUGGUUUCGACUUCGGUCUCUCCCAGACACGCUUGCUCGACAUGUACAAUCUAGCGAGACUUGCAACACGCUUGAACAACAUCACAUUGAAGCUGACUAGCGAUCAAGCUAUCACAGAUUUUGGAAAAUUCAGGAAGGUGAAUGAUUUCAUGAUCAGGCGUGGCAGUGGUUAUAUCUAUGCAAUGGCCGAGGACUUCAGAAAACACAACGCACAAACCAUCAUGCUGGAGAUCGCGCCUGCUGAGGUGAUUGCUCUCUCGGCUGUCCGAGUCAAUAUCAAUCACUUGAUGCAUUAUUUAACCUAUCCACACUUCCAUCCUGAAUCCAUCAUCCGUUUGAUGCUCACUCCGCCUCCAAGUACCUGCGCACACCAACAAAUCACUACAAUCUCGAUGAAAAAGCUACAACGACAACUCUUCCUCCUCCUCUCCGAUGUCAUACAAGAGACAAUCGAAGAGCAUACCGAGUCACUGAAAACGAGCACAAACUUCGCCCCAGCUCUUUCCAAUCAGAUGAAUUCUUAUUGCGACUUCUGGAUCGACGGGUACGGCAAGCUUCUCCACGCUGUCUUUGAAGAAGACAAGACCACGAUAAACUUCAGAUAUGGCAAGCUCAGCAUGAAGGAGUUAGGGGUUCUGGGGUACAGUAGGGCUGCUGGUCUGGAAUCGGUGGUUGAAGCGUAUAUGUUAGAGAGCGAAAUGGAAGAUACUGAUUUCUAUUAUCAAAAGGUUAUACUUCGUUGGGGACGGCUGAGGUGGCAGUUAUAUGGUGAUUGGAAGGCACCAGCACCGCCGGGUUUGAGAAAGUUGGCGCCGUAA